GCUAUGAGCCGUUAGCUGUCAGGAGCCUAGCAGCGGGUGGCCGGAUCAGACGUUCGUGCUGGGACUCAAGCUGUCUGAGCCCCGCGCAGCAACCACCCCAACAAGCAAGCGCCCCGAGGCCCGGACUGCCUGCCAGGUCACAGAGUCGAGCGGAGACCUGUGGGGCAGUUGGCCGCAUAGGCAAGAUGGGGAACCGGGAGAUGGAGGAGCUGAUCCCGCUGGUGAACCGUCUACAGGAUGCUUUCUCGGCGCUGGGACAGAGCUGUCUGCUGGAGCUGCCGCAGAUCGCCGUGGUGGGCGGCCAGAGCGCCGGCAAGAGCUCGGUGCUCGAGAACUUCGUGGGCAGGGACUUUCUUCCUCGAGGCUCAGGCAUUGUAACCAGACGACCCCUUGUACUCCAGCUUGUCACAUCUAAAGCAGAAUAUGCAGAAUUUCUACAUUGCAAAGGAAAAAAAUUUACAGAUUUUGAUGAAGUUCGCCAUGAGAUUGAAGCAGAAACAGACCGAGUGACAGGAAUGAAUAAGGGUAUCUCUUCUAUACCCAUUAACCUCCGAGUCUAUUCUCCACAUGUGUUAAAUCUAACGCUAAUCGACUUACCUGGGAUAACGAAAGUGCCCGUAGGAGACCAGCCCCCAGAUAUUGAGUAUCAGAUCAGAGAUAUGAUCAUGCAGUUCAUCACGAGGGAGAACUGUCUGAUCUUGGCUGUCACUCCAGCCAACACCGAUCUUGCAAACUCGGAUGCACUGAAGCUAGCUAAAGAAGUUGAUCCUCAAGGUCUGAGAACCAUUGGUGUUAUAACAAAGCUGGAUCUCAUGGAUGAAGGAACGGAUGCCAGGGAUGUUCUGGAGAACAAGCUGCUGCCUCUUCGCAGGGGCUACGUGGGGGUGGUCAACAGAAGCCAGAAGGACAUAGAUGGAAAGAAGGACAUUAAGGCGGCCAUGUUGGCAGAAAGGAAAUUUUUUCUUUCUCACCCUGCUUAUAGACAUAUUGCGGAUCGUAUGGGGACACCCCACCUCCAGAAGGUCCUGAAUCAGCAACUUACCAACCACAUUCGAGAUACCCUACCCAACUUCAGGAACAAACUACAGGGACAGUUGCUCUCCAUAGAACAUGAAGUAGAAGCCUACAAAAACUUCAAACCGGAAGACCCCACGAGGAAGACGAAAGCUCUGCUGCAGAUGGUCCAGCAGUUUGCUGUGGACUUUGAGAAGAGAAUCGAAGGGUCGGGGGAUCAAGUAGACACGUUAGAGCUCUCUGGUGGUGCUAAGAUCAACCGCAUUUUCCACGAGCGUUUUCCCUUUGAGAUAGUGAAGAUGGAGUUCAAUGAGAAAGAAUUGAGAAGAGAAAUAAGCUACGCAAUCAAAAACAUACACGGCAUCAGGACAGGGUUGUUUACUCCCGACAUGGCAUUUGAGGCAAUAGUAAAAAAGCAGAUAGUAAAGCUGAAAGGGCCUUCCUUGAAGAGCGUGGACCUGGUAAUGCAGGAAUUGAUCAACACUGUGAAGAAGUGUACCAAGAAACUGGCAAACUUCCCCAGACUUUGUGAGGAAACAGAAAGGAUUGUUGCUAACCACAUCCGUGAGCGAGAAGGCAAGACCAAGGACCAGGUCCUGCUAUUGAUUGACAUCCAAGUCUCUUACAUUAAUACCAACCAUGAAGACUUUAUUGGCUUUGCAAAUGCUCAGCAGAGGAGCAGUCAGGUUCACAAGAAAAGCACAAUUGGAAAUCAGGGAACCAAUCUUCCGCCUUCAAGGCAAAUUGUGAUUCGUAAGGGCUGGCUGACCGUCAGCAACAUUGGCAUCAUGAAAGGAGGCUCGAAGGGCUACUGGUUCGUCCUCACUGCGGAAAGCUUGUGCUGGUAUAAAGAUGAUGAGGAGAAAGAAAAGAAAUACAUGCUUCCACUGGACAACCUGAAAGUCCGGGAUGUGGAGAAGGGUUUCAUGUCCAGCAAGCACGUCUUUGCGCUCUUUAACACUGAACAAAGGAAUGUAUACAAAGACUAUCGCUUCCUGGAGCUGGCCUGCGACUCCCAGGAGGAUGUGGACAGCUGGAAGGCAUCUUUGCUGCGAGCUGGGGUCUAUCCAGAUAAAUCUUUAGGAAGCAACAAAAAUGAAAAUGAUGAAAAUGGCCAAGCAGAAAACUUUUCCAUGGACCCACAGCUGGAGAGGCAAGUGGAGACUAUACGCAACCUAGUAGACUCCUACAUGUCAAUAAUCAACAAAUGCAUCAGAGACUUAAUUCCAAAAACAAUAAUGCAUCUUAUGAUCAAUAAUGUUAAAGACUUCAUCAACUCUGAGCUCCUAGCACAACUAUAUUCUUCUGAGGACCAAAACACUCUGAUGGAAGAGUCUGCUGAGCAGGCUCAACGCCGGGAUGAGAUGCUCCGAAUGUACCAGGCCCUGAAAGAAGCCCUUGUGAUUAUUGGUGACAUCAACACAGCCACUGUGUCAACCCCAGCCCCACCUCCAGUAGAUGACUCCUGGCUCCAGCAUUCCCGAAGGUCACCUCCUCCAAGCCCUACCACCCAAAGGCGGCCAACUCUAAGUGCUCCCCUCACCAGGCCAACAUCUGGCCGUGGACCAGCCCCUGCCAUUCCAUCUCCAGGUCCCCACUCUGGGGCUCCCCCAGUUCCUUUCCGCCCUGGCCCAUUACCUCCUUUUCCCAACAGCAGCGACUCCUUCGGAACCCCCCCACAAGUUCCGUCCAGGCCCACGAGGGCACCGCCCAGUGUUCCAAGCCGGAGGCCACCCCCAUCGCCAACUCGCCCCACUAUAAUCCGUCCACUAGAAUCCUCACUGUUAGACUAAAUGAAGUGUCUGGCAUGGCAAUUAAUCACUAAUGAUUUAUGCAAAAGCAACAUAUUCUGUAACCUUUGCAGUCAACCAUGAGUAGUCGCAUGUAUGAACAACCAUAGGCAAGUAGCCAGUUUUACUAAUGUAUUCAUCACCCAUCUUCAUUGCUCAUGGUAUGCCAGACCUUUGGGGUUUGACUGGAAAGAGCUGCUAACCUAUAGAGAGACUUAAUAUGUUGUACUGACCAAGGUAAUUUUGUAUAGCAGUCCUAUACUUUGGUACCAUUUAUUUAUCCAACAUAUAUUUGAAGAGUUUUUUAAGGUGUCUAUAAAGCAACUUAUAAGAGUUCUUAGCAGACAUAAGAGUGAGCUUAGAGCCACUCAAGCUUCUCCCCACAUUCUGUUUAGGACAGCAGAAAUUCUGUUGUCUGAUAUCAAUGCCACCACCUACUCCACAAUGACUUAUUUAGAUGUCAUUCCCUUCUUUAUUUCAUAAGACUGCUAGGAAGUCAGGUUUUAAAAUUAGGAUAAGUUAAAAUGGAAGCCUUUCAGGCACAUGAGGCAGUUAGCAAAGGGUUUGAUCUGGGGAGUGUCUCACAGUGCCAGCGUGCUUUGCUUCAUUCUAGAAGCACAAGCAAAAACGGAGUAAGGCCUGAUUGUUUUUAUUUUUCAUUUUUUGGUAAUAACAAAAAAUCAAUCAGUAGAUUGGGCUGCUUUCAGAGUUCAAGGAAGAAGCAAAACUAUCACCAUUCUAAAAGUGUUUUGGGAAAUAUAAUCUAUUAUCUUACAUAUUUACCCCUUUGUAGGCUCUGUGAAGGAAGGCUGACAUUGAAAAUGUAUAAUUUUACAGUUGAUUUUUUUGCAUGGGUAACUAACUCCAUUUAGUUAUUAUGAUUAUUAUUUUGGCUGGAGCAAAGUUAAAUGUAUGUUAAUACAUGAUUCCAAUGGUUUACAUAUAAAUUAUUAUGCAAGAAUCUCUUUAAAACAACUUUAAUGUCUCUAUCCAUCCCAGACUCUUAAAUCUUGCAGUGUAAUGCAUUGAAAGUGCAGUCCCUGGUAUGGAAACUCAGAGUACCAUGGUUUAAUAGCACAGCUCACAUGUUUACAGAUGCCUUGCUCCAGCUUGCUCCCAAAAAUACUUUUGCAAUAUUGAACUUCAAAACAACUUUUCAAUUUCUAGGAUUUCUAAAAUUUACAAGAGCAGUCUAGCCUAGAGGUUAAUAGUUCAACCUUAAGGCUAAGUUUUGAACUACCUACAACCAGAUGAUUAACAUGUAGGAAACGAAUGGGAAUUCUGUCUGAUAACUGCUCCCAGACAGCAGAGUGAGCAUUCACUGAUCCAUGGAGUCCCAUGACAUUAUUCCAUAUUCACAAAAGUAGAUCAGAUUUUACUAACUGCAGUGUCUGACUUUGAAGGCAGCAAACAUGAUUUGCAUGUGAACUUCACUUUAAUUUCCUGUGCAGUUUCUACCCAAAGCAGGCAGCCCUAAAGUAUGACAUAAAAAUUUAGCCAUUAUUUUAAAAAAUCCAAGUUAAAUGGCACUGCAUUGAACUUAUUCUAAUGGGCUAUAUUCCACUUAUAAUUGACAAAAAUUAGAGAAUAUAAUAUAUACAAAGGGAGUGUUUUCAAUCUUUAAGUGACAGAGUAUCACCACUCUUAGCUUCUCUCAUUUUUCCCAUUGGAAAAAAAAUUGUGAAUGAAACUCACACACAAGAUGCACAUUGUCAUUGAAAACGGUGUCCCAAAUAAAUGGAAAAACAUCAAGCAAAGCUUCAUAAUCAAACAAGUAAUGGAUGGUGGGGUCUUCACACGAAACUCCCUCCUCUUAGGGUUUCCUUUGCUUCUUCCUUUGAGUUCUCUAAAAUAGGCAGCUAACGAAUUAGAUGCUUCAGGGUUUGGCUUUGUACUUACUGUGGUUUUGCAUCUUGCUGUAUUUCAAAAAUUUCCUUCUGUUAGAGGAAAAUAUUGCAGAAAACCACUGGUGUGUUCUCAGAUCAGCACAAACCAAUGUCAAGGAAAAUUGGGGAUUUGUCUCUCCAAGUUUCUUCCCACUGAUCUUAGACUGUCAUAAACAAUGGCAUUUGUUGUCUUUUGCUUUUGUUUCUUGAUCCACAAAUGCCCUCUCCCAAGCAUCUCCAUUUGUCUGGACAGUUUUGUUCUCUUUGCUACUGUGUUAUAUCUGAUGGCACCCAGAAACCCCCACCCCACCCCCAGAAUUUCAGCAAUGGCAUUCCAGGGUAUGCUGCAGUUUUAGGGGUUUGCAUCCUACUCACAGGAGAUGCCAACGUGAGUGGAGCCUGACGUUGUAGAAUGUGCAGAGUUUGUGGAGUGGCAUGCAUAUCAUCAGGCCUUAAGACGGGAAUGUAAGCUAGAAGGGCCUUCCAUUUCCCAUUCCAUUUCUAAUCUCUUGUGUAACCUCCAGAUUGACAAUUCAGAUGCUGUCAGCACAAUAUAUGUAGCUCUACCUUGUCUAGCAUAACACUAAAACUAAUAAUGAACCCAGUGUUUUUAGGAUUUGAAAAAAAUAACUGUACUUGUUUGAUAAGUAAAUCCAGUUUUACUGUCACGUGCUAAAUUUUGCAUGCAUGUUGGCUAACUGGAAUAACCAUUUACUCAGUUAUGGAUGGAAUGUGAAACAGUAUUGAUUUAGAACAAAUAUAUUCCCAAAACUCUUCUACUAAGAAAACCUUCUUGAAUAUUGCUUUUAGAUGUGUUUUAUAGCAUAGAAGAGCAGUAGGGUCCAUUUAUUGGCAAUUUCACUGUUUGUGCAGAUACAUACUCAUUCUAUCCAAAAGCAUAAGAAAACAAUUCCUGUGAUAUAAGUAUUCUGAAUUUAGAAUUAAGUAGCCACAUAGAUUAAUUUGUGAUUUUUAGACUGUAGCCAUAACUCUAAAAUAUGAAAUGGGACCUGAUACCAGUAUGUGACAAGUGUUGAUGUUUUCUGUGUACCCAUUUUCUCUGCAUGUCUCUAGGAAUACACUAUAUACAUAGUAAACAUGUGUUUUGUGUCCUUUUUGAGUAAGUAGGUUCAAAAGCACUUGCUAAAAUACCAUUAAGCAUGAAUGUGAUAAACAUGUACAUUAUAUAUAUAUGUAUAUGUAUGAGUAUAAAUAUCAGUGUAAACCUGUGCUCAGUAUGUAAAAAUAUGAAUAUAUUUUUAACUGUGCUAAUGCGUGAUACAUGUUGGGAAGAUCUGCCAUAACCUGUGAUUACCGUAGUUCAUUUAUCAUAACAUACAUGAGAUACACAAGAUUUUCUAACUCAUACUGUAUAUAUCCUGAGGGGUACAAUGCUUAUGAUAACCAGGAUGAGGUAGAGUGAUGAUAACCAGGACAAGGUAAUGUCAAUAGUCAUCAGUACUGAAACCCACAGCACUGCUACUCAAAGGCAUUACCCCUUGGUGAUACUCUGAUAAAAAGUAUAAGAUUUGGGAACUUUUCUCUAAGGUCCCUAGUUAGAAUUGUGUUAUCUGAAGAUUGUUGAGUUGACUUUUAAGAAGUUAAGUUGAUCUGUAUGGUAGUCUGAUCUCUAUAGUAAAAGUUAAAAGAAUACAGAGAGUCAGCAACAUAAUGAAAGGAAUGGAUAUUCCUGAGCAGAGCUACUAUAAAACAUACAGGGGACAGGUUAUUUAAUUCCUUGGAGGUAUGUUAUCUACUCUUUCAGGUAAACCUUUUGCAUUUGACAGACUGUAUAAUUAAAUCGAUGGGAAUCUCUGUAGGAAGGAGAAUACAACCUAAACAGAUCUCCAAUCUGUCUUAAUUCAGUGAGAGAUGAUUGUGUCUAAGACUCCAGCCAUGAGUUUUAUGCAGUUUCACCUAGGACUACUAGCUGUGAACUCAAAGUUCCUGUGAAUGAAGCCAACUUUAGAGAAAUAAUGGAUAGUUCAUCAGAUCAUUUAGUCUUUUUUAAAGAACUCAAUCUGUCUUCUAGAUAAUAGGCCGCCUAUCUAGCUGAUAUGUUUAAAUUAUGUGGUGCUCUGUAUGUGAUAUUUUAGCAAUAUUUUUGAAGUAUAUAUAGUAUAUGCAUUGUUAGUUGUGUAUAUAUAAAUACAUGUAAGAAUAUUUGUGUGUGUGAGAGCAAGAGACGGGAACCUCAGAGAACCUCCUGCUUAAGGUCUGUUAGUACUGGUAUACUGGUGAGACUUCUCUACCACUGGUCAAGGGCUUCACAUGUGGCUCCAGCUCAAGGCAUUAAUUUCCUUAUCACCUUUACUGUUGAAUUCCCUAAACUUUACUCAUAAUAUUUUCAAAGUGUACAAAAAUCACUCCUCUGCUGCCAAUCUGUGGAAAUCACUUCUCAGAAACCCCACCACUAUGACCUUGUGUCUGAUUCCACAUGCACUCCUUUGUUUCAUGGGCUUCUGUAUGUCCUCUUCUCUCCCUGUUCAGAGCCAAACUUCUCAUUUACUUUUUUAUGAAUGAUGACUACAUAGAAGUCAAAUCCUGUCUUCUCUGUUUAUUCCUUAAUUAACAUGAGCCAAAAUACUUUCCACUGUCUUUUUUGGCACUUUUGAGAUUUCUUAAUGCUGGAUUAAUAUGGAUUCUGUGAAUGGGAUUUUUGAAGCAAAUUCCUAAAGUCUGUAUCAUCCUUGAAGGUCAUGUACCUAUUGUGAAAAUGUGAAACUGUAUUUCGAACCUGAAAUAAAUUAUUACAUUUGAAGGAA